AUGUACCCAGGUACAGUGCAGUACAUUUUCCCAUUCUCAUCGUCGCAGCUUAUGCGGAUCAAUGCUUACCACCGUGAUCAGACUUUCCAACAAGCAAGUCAAGUCAAGCCGGCUGGCUGGCUCGAGUGGAGCUUGAUAAGAUGCUUGCUUGAGGCUUGA